AUGUCAGCAACCGCAGACGCAGGCUCGACGUCCACCACACCCGCAAAACAGGGUCGCGCACGACAUGCUCGAACAAAUGCGUCGCUCACCUCCAGCUCGGGCAGCAUCGGUGCCGACGCGCCAUUCUCAGCCGCCCAACUACCGCGCAGAUCGUCCGCGCCCAACGAGGCCACUCGCAUCUUCCAGGCGACUGGCUUUGACCCUUUCGGCACCGAGCCUGAUACUCUUUUCCGCUCACUCACCGUCAAAGAAGUCGAAGCGUAUGAGCAAGCCGUCAGAAGCACCGCUUCGGGCAAGCAGGAGGAGCUGAGAAGCCUCGUCGGUCAGCGCUACGAGGAUCUGCUCGGCACAGCCAACACCAUCAUCGACAUGGCCGAUAGCUCGAAUCAACUCUCGAACCGACUGCACCAGCUUUCAGAUGGCGUGCGUAGUGCGGCUGUCACCGACGAAAAGAGCGCUCCGUCUUCCGCUAACACCGACCGCCGCAAAAGUUAUUUGCCAAUGCAGAAUUUGGCCCCAUCGGGGGCGGAAGCCUCGUCCCUGCAUCAGGAGGCCAUCUAUGUGCUCGGCGCCUCCCUGCGAUUCAUCAUGGACGCACCCGAGUACGUUUGGAAGUCGAUCGAAAAGGGCAAGACGCUCCAGGCUGCAUGGGCCUUCAUGCUGGCUCGAGCUACGUGGUGGGAUCUCAUCGAUUCGGUCCCCUCAUCCGACAUUCCACCGACCCUUGCAACCGGAGGCGAACAAGGAAUCAGAUCCGUGCCGGAAGCCAUCUCAUUGCUCAAGGUCAAUGUCAAGAAGGCUUUCCCCUUUAUCGAAAAGCAAUGGCAAACCAUGCUGCCCAUGCGCAAACAAAUUGUCCACAGAGCCGUCUCUCUCCUUGCGGACACCGAGAUUGAGUCGAUGGCCGUGGUGGACCAGCUGGCCGCUCUCAUGCUGCUCGACGGCACCAAGCCAGAGCAGUUAAUUCACUUGUUGCUUUCGCAAAGACUUACAGCGAUGCGACGCAUGGUGCAACGACGACAAGCAAAGGCUGCAUCCCAUCAGCAUCGCGCCCAACUUCGCGACACCACCACACACCGGAAGAGCGAGGCGGCUGCGCCAGACAAUAACCACGCACAGGCAAGCAAGGAAGAGCGAGUAGCGCAAGCCUCUCAGACAAUAUCUCAGCUCGUCACUCUCUUCGCUCGAACGCUGCAACACGCCGUUCAGUUCUGCAUGCUCCCCUCGAAAGACGAGGCUGGCUCUGCAUCUCGACCUCUGCUGCUCGAUCUGCUCAGCACCAUCACGAAUCCGGCCAACUUCACUUCCGCAGCCCCUGCAGCUGGGUCGCCGACGUCGGAACGCACGUUCUUACUCCCGCACCCUUCUCCCAAUGGUGAGGUGCCCACCGCUAGGCAAAACGCUGCCGCUCUUCGUGCUCAGAGAAGGAGGUCAAGCUAUGGCCUUCCGGGUGCCGAAGGCGAGAAGCAGGUCGAGUCGGAAGGAGCGAUGCCUGAUCGCACACAGACGCAUCCCAGGCGACCGGCGCUGCGGGCGUCGACGCUGAGUGUGGUGGAAGCUUUGCCAAGUGGACGUAUCCUUUCGCGACUGCUUCCUCCGUCAUUUUGGAGCUUUGCACCUCACCUCGACUUGAACGCCAAGGAGACACCUUCACCUUCGCAAAGUUUCGCCGACUUGACUCCAUGGUCGACGAAAGCACGCGAGACCAUUGUUCGAGGCUCGGACAAUGCGGCGGCGGUCAGCCUGCGCUCACUGCUGUCGAGGCUGUCGGACGUCAGUGACUUGGCACUUGUGCGAAGCUCGCUGCGCAUCGCUUCGCAUCGUGCACGCCGCAUCGUCGCGCGUAAAAUCGCCGGGUCGCAAACUCUCAUAGACGGGCCCCGCAGAGAGGCAGUCACCAUGAUCCACUCUGAGCUUCAACAACUCGAGGAAGCUAUCGACGCGGUGUUGCAAGAGCGCUUGCUGCAUCUGUUGGAGCAGAAGCUCAGUAGUGCUGUCAAGGAACUGCUCCAAGAAACAGAGCGCAUCGUGUCGUCUCUCGACAAGGGUUCUCAGUUACAGAAUGAUGCAUCGGCCCGCGUCGAUGCACCUCUCGAUGCCCUUUUCCAUCCCAUCGACGCCGAAGCAACACAACACAGCCCGGGCGGGAACGCAAGCCCGUCGAGCUCGAGCCUCACGUUUACUGCCGCGUUACAGGACCAUGUGCGCGGCCGGUCGAAGCAGGUGAAUCGUCUUGCAAGCUUGUAUGAAGUACCGCUGGCGACACUGUCGGAAGAGUUGCAACUGUAUCAAGCCGAGUUGGAGAUCGACGAAAGAUUUGCCAGUGCAAGCGACUCGAUCCGGUCCAAAUUCGAUUCGAUUCUUUCUUCCUCGAAGGCAGAAGUGGAGACGGGCCUGAACGGAUUGCUGGAGCAGGCGCAAUCGAGCUCCAGCGUUGCGGAUGAUCACGCACAGGUCUCGAGAUCGACGUCUCUGGUGAUGCGGAUCAUCGCCGUGCUUGCCGGAACAACUUCUUCCGGCCAUCCGAUCCGUCAACCCGUCCAAGCGGCCCUGGAACGAUUCUGGCGACCUCAGCUAGACCGACGUCUCUCCCACACGCUUGAUGGGGGCAGCGCAAUUGUACGACCUGCUUUUAACACGACUGCUGCUUCCGUGUCAGGCUCAAUGCUGUGCGCCUUGGCCACGUUGUCCGAGUCGAUCGUUCAGCUGGGACCUGCACUAGCCGGGCCCGAGCUCGCUGCGCAGGUGCGCAGUGUUCUGGUGGGUCUGGCCGACAGUGCUGUAACAUCGGCAGGCGACUCGGAAGCGAUUCGCGCGCUCUUGGCAUGCGACGCAGCCAGUCUGAGCAGGCACAUUACCGCGGAUGUCGGCUUGCAUCGCAUCCGUUUGGCGCUAGCACCGCUCGUACUGGCCCUCGCCACCACGGCGUCUGGAUCGCAGUCGAGCUCAGAGACUAAGAGCAUAGCAAGAGUACUAUCGCCGGCCGAGCCAGCAUCUGCGACUGGAACGGUCAGGCCGUUCCUCACAGUGUCACGGAAGAAGGCGAAUGGGUUUCCACUGCUUCCUGUGCGUUGA